AUGGAUUUCACAAACCUGGGUUACCUGAAAGUUGCAGCUGCAUCGCCCGUCGUCAGCAUUGGCAACCCCGUUGCCAACACAGACGAAAUUGUGCGGCAGAGUCAAUUACUCGCCGAGCAGGGUGUCAGCCUGGCCGUGUUUCCAGAGCUGUGUUUGUCCGGCUACUCCGCCGAAGAUCUGUUUUUCAGCGAUUCGCUGCUGCACAGCGUGGAGCAGGCCCUGAUCGACCUCUGUGCGAAAAACCCGCUGCCGAUGCUUGUGGUGGGCUUGCCCUGGCGGCUCAAUGAUGGACGCUUGCUGAAUUGCGCUGCCGUCAUCAGCAAUGGUCAGGUGCUGGGGCUCGUGCCCAAAUCAACACAUCCGAACUACGCUGAGUUCUACGACUUACGCUGGUUUACCCCUGGUGCUGCUGUCAACGAAACGCUGAUCCAUAACAAGCUUGGCACAAUUCCGAUACGCAUCGAUCAGCUGUUCAGCCUGGGUGGCCACCUUAUCGGCAUCGAAAUCUGUGAGGAUCUGUGGACUGCCGAACCACCCGGCGCCAAAGCCAGCCUUGCCGGCGCCUCUAUUAUACUGAACCUGUCUGCCAGCAACGAACUGAUAGCCAAAGCGGACUACCGCCGCGAACUGGUACGCAUGGCCAGUGCAGCCCAGCUGUGCGCCUACGUUUACGCCAGUGCCGGCGCCUGGGAGUCGAGUAAAGACAUUGUUUUCGGCGGACAUUGUCUGAUCACCGAGAAUGGUCAGUUGCUGGCCCAAAGUGAUCGCUUUCGCAUGGACAGCCACGCCACGGUGGCUGAAAUCGACACCGCGGUGCUGCUUCAUGACCGCGCAAAAAACAUCAGUUUUGUACACGCCGACAGACCCAGGGCUUACCGCAUCAAUACCAGCCCGGCUGCAUGUUUACCGAUGCCGGAACUGUCCCGGCACUACCCCAGGCACCCUUUUGUGCCCACAGAUGAAGCCGAGUUUGAUGCACGCGCCCAGGAAAUUAUGGCGAUCCAGAGCACCGGGCUUGCCCGGCGCAUGCGCGCCGCCCACUGUGAUCACCUGGUGCUGGGUUUAUCAGGCGGUCUGGAUUCAACGCUGGCUUUCCUGGUGUGCCUGGAUGCGCUUAAGAAGCUGGACCUGCCGUUUACCCACCUGCACGCGCUGACCUUACCCGGGCCCGGCACAGGCAGCCAGACCCUGAAAAAUGCCCGCGAGCUGGCCAGCGAAGCCGGGGUCGACCUGCAGGAAAUUUCUAUUGAAGCCGCCGUUGCACAACAUCUGAAGGACCUUGACCACGGCGGCGAGCACGACAUUGUCUUCGAAAACGCCCAGGCACGGGAACGCACGCAGAUUCUGUUCAACUACGCCAACAAAGUCAGCGGCCUGGUGGUCGGCACCGGUGAUCUGAGCGAACUGGCAUUGGGCUGGUGUACCUUUAACGCUGACCAUAUGGCCAGUUACAACGUCAACGCCAGCGUACCUAAGACGAUGAUGGCUUAUCUGGUUCGCUGGUAUGCGGCACACCGCAGCGAGAAAGGUUUAUCAACAGUGCUGCAGGAGGUUCUGCAAACACCCAUUUCACCGGAGCUGAUUCCCUCAGAUGACGAGGACAUCGGCCAGCAGACCGAAGAAAUUGUUGGUCCUUACGAACUGCACGACUUUUUCCUGUUUCAUUACCUGCGCAACGGCGCCACACCGACAAAAAUCUUUCAUCUUGCCACGCUCAGUUUUGCGGACAGCUAUGCUCCCGCGACCAUCGUGAAGUGGCUGCGUCAGUUCUUCUCUCGAUUCUUCAGCCAGCAGUUCAAGCGCACCACUUUGCCCCCGGGCCCCAAAGUCGGCAGCGUGAGUCUUUCGCCAAGAGGCGACUGGCGCAUGCCCGAUGAAGUCUGCGGUGAUACCGGUGUCUGGAUACAGAUUCUCGGCGCCGGUGGUCCGGAGAUUGACGACGGCGCAGCCGGGCCGAGCUACGUCAUCUGGAAUGACAACAAAGCACGCAUCAUUAUCGAUACCGGGCCAGGGUCGUCCGUUGGCUUUGACCAGUCCGGCGCCAAGUUCGAGGACCUUUACGCCAUUGCAUUCACACACCUGCAUGCAGAUCACAGCGUCGACUUUCCCGCCUUCAUCAAAGGUUCCUAUUUUCUUGACCGCACCGAGCCGCUGAUCAUUCUCGGACCCGACAGCAACAAUGUUAACUAUCCGGACACCGAAACUUUUGUAAAUCGAAUGAUCGGCCCGGAUGGUGCUUAUCCUUACCUGCAGGAUUUUCUCACCCAUCAAUCCAGCGGCGGCUAUCGCGUACGUGUGCGCAACGUGCCUUCCCUGGGCAAAAAAAGGUGGUCGGGGUUUGGCAAUGAUGAGCUUCGCAUGAGUGCUAUUCCCGUCAACCAUGCGGACGUUCCGGCAAUCGCCUGGCGGGUGGAUAUCGGCGAGAUGUCUAUUGUUGUCACCGGCGAUUUCAACAAUCUGAAAAACGUCAUGCCCGAGUUUGCCAAAGGUGCAGAUGCCCUGAUCGCCACCCAUGCCAUCGCUGAAAACGCACGUGGUAAUCAGCGCGAGCUGCACGCUUUGCCAUCACAACUUGGCCGCAUCGCAGACCAGGCUGAAGCACGCAUGCUGAUCCUCAGUCAUCGCAUGAACCGCACCCGCGGCCGGGAAAGUCAGUCACGCGCGGAAAUCGAAAAAUCCUACGACGGAUACAUUCUGUUUGCUGACGAUGGAGAAUGCUGGGGCCUGUAA